AUGGGGAGUUCGGACGCCCAACCUUCCGUGUCGGACAAGUCGACGCCCGAUCAGACACAGCCAAGUGGCCAAGGCUUGUCAAUACUGACGCCGGAUAACGAGAAACAAGAAGCCGGGCCGGACCUGUUUGAAAGGCGAGGCUCUGCGGAUUCCGGGAAUGGGGGAGAUGCAAAUGGUGAUGAGGGUUUCGUCCUCUCACGCAGUGUGCAGGAUCCCUCGGAAGAGCUUCCAAUCGAGCUCAUCAGCUUGACGGAUCGGUUCAUCAACUCUUUAAGUGCCAAGGUGCACAACUCUCCUCCUACAAUCGAUAAAAUCUCCUCCAUGUUCCAAGUCUUCUACAGCCGGGCCGAGUCUCAUAUCGCUACCCAUAUAUCGGCACUCGCAUCCCGCAUCAACCGUGACCCGCCACCACAGCCGCAGAUAAAGUCCAGGGGUAGUGCACUAUCGGUGCUGGCCAGCAAACGUUCACAGGAUGAUUUUCGACAGGGGAGUGGAGGUCGGCAAAUGUUGACUGCAGAAGAAGUCGCUGAGAGGCGGAAAGCUCGAAAGGCUCUCGAGUAUAAAAGGGCAGCAUUGGAAGAAGCGGCCGAACGGCGAGUCUGUGAACUGGUUUACGACAAAAUCUGGAGGCAUAGGAGCACUUUGGAUGAUGUCCGAGACGAGAAACUGCGUUCCAAGACGGCGGCCUUGUUGCUUGUGGGGAUCGAUUUGAAGGACCUGGGUAUUGACAUUGAUGUGUCUACGAUCGCAGACGAGAAACAGCAGGAAGCCAACGACUGUCUGGCUCUGGCUCGGGAGUAUCUUGGAAAGAUGAAUGAUCAGAAGUAUCCGCUCGGGAAAUUGCAGCAUCUAGCCGCUGCUCACAAGGCAAUCGUCGAUGCCCUAACAAACCUUCUUCCAUCCUCAUCGUCUGCGGAUGAGAUUCUUCCAACGCUGAUCUACUGUCUCAUCACCUGUCCUCCGGAGGGAAUCAAUCUCGUCAGCAAUUUGCUGUUCAUGCAACGAUUCAGGUCGUCCAACAAGAUUGAUGGCGAGACCGCAUACUGCUUGACCAACCUGGAAGCCGCCAUCAGCUUCCUAGAAAAUGUCGAGCUCUCUAGCCUUCGUGCAGAUGAAAUGCAAGAGGGUCCCAUCAAGACUCCCAGUGAAGGACCAACCCCAUCAUCAGAACGAGUCGAUCCUUUCCGACCGAAACCCGAAACCACAACCUCGUCAGUAACGACCGUAUCUGCAUUGUCUGAGAUUGCGAAGCCCGAAUCAAAAGAGCCGGCCUCUUCUACAUUGCCUCGCCCUCGCCCAUCGCCAGCACCACAUCAGAGACGCUUGAGCAAUAUUUUCCAACCGUCGGCCAAAGUCCUCGAGGCCGCGAACGACGCUGUCCGCAGCACCGCAGACCAGGGUCUGAAGAAUAUCGGGGCAACUCUAGACAACAGCUUCAACUUCUUUUUCGGGCGCCUCAAGGAAUUGCAGACUACCUCAGGACCUAACGCUGAUGGAUCCGAGUCCGUCCUGCCGAAAACACUGGCCGAAGCUCGCCGACUAGUCGCCAACCCACCAGCCAACAAAGAAAACCCCACGCCCGAAGAAAUCGAGUCGCUCAACGCUCUGUCCAAAGAAGAUGUCGCCCGUAACACAUCCAGAAACACAGGUCUCACCAGCGGAGGUAGAACACCUCGUGACCGCAGCACCGACAGCGCAAGAACCCAAGCAAGCAGCAAAAAAUCCAUCGCCAAUUCUCUACGCGACGAAUCUGCGCUAUCACCAGCUGCGACAUCUAGUCCUAAUCCUCUAGAGUCUAUGCGAAACUUUGGCAACACACUGAACCCCCUCAAUCACAUUCCGGGUAUGAUCAAAAACUUCGGCCGCAAUGCGCCAGAAACGCCUGUCCCUCGCGCGAUUUCCCCAGCAGCAGCGGACCGCUUGAGAGUUUCACCUGCCUCCACGGAUAGCACCGCGAGUCCACAGGCCGCGGCGUCCGUGCGAAUUGACCCCCCGAUUCAACGAUUCCUCGAAGUACAGGAUGUGCGAGAUCUACGUCUCGGAGACGUAGCCGUUCUGCUCGAAGACUAUAAGCGAUUGGCCUCGGCUCUUGCGAGGGUAAACGAGGGCUCUCGCUGA